AUGGGCUCGAAAAAGUCCACCCUCUCACCUCAAUCGUCAGGUGCUGACGGUAGCUCCAAAGGUCCAGUCUCGUCAACAACCAUCAAUGAUCCAGUCUACGCUCAGCCGACAAGCGCACCGUCUCAACCGUCAGUUACUGGUGGCACUGCAGCGGACACGAGCAUAGGGACCGGGCCCAGGAAAGACGAUCCGGUCUAUUCGCAGGUCGGUGUGGUGGGAGGCAACCAGGAAAGGCAACCGGCACGUCAAGGCCAGAUUAAUGAUCCAGUAUAUGGCCAGCCCCAAGCAGCUCCCUCGACGUCGGACUCUCCUGCACCUGGCCCAGGAAAGGGCAAGAUCUCAGCCGCCGAUGAUCCGGUCUAUUCUCAAUCUCGGGGCGCGAGAGGUGGCACGGCCAGUGACCCUGUCUACGCACAACCUGUCUCCGCUCUAGCAUCGCCGAAUCGACCAGUGCAAGGACUACAAGCCGGUCGUGUCCAGACGCCAGACGACCCGGUCUUCUCUCAAUCACAGCCUUCAGGUGCCACAACUACCGCCGUCACUGACCCUGUAUACGGCCAGACGCAGACUAUUUCGUCUACGGCGCAGAACCCUCCCAGCCGAAGCAAUGGAACAGGGCAGACACCUCCACCUGACGAUCCGGUAUUCUCCCAACCCCAGUCCAGCUCGACUGCCUCAAGCCGCCUCAACCAGCUCACAUCACAAAUCUCGCCGGCACCAUCUGAACCACAAGCCAACACGAAACGGGCGCGCAAGUCCAAAUCCUCAGAUCCCUCCUCCGACCUGCCCGCCGACUAUAGCGACAUCCUGACCCACCUCAAGACCAUGCGCACCAUCGCCACGACCCCAGACACCUCGUCCCGCGGGUACAUCAGGCAAAAGACGGCAGGGAAGCUGUGGUCGCGCGAACGCAUCGCCACGCUCCUCGACCCAGACACGUGGCGCGAGGUCGGCUCCGUGACGGGGACAGUGACUUGGGAGAAGGACACGAGAAACCCACAGUCCGAGCACGUCCGUGCUUUCAUACCCAGCAACAACCCGCAGGGGUUUGGGCGGGUGACUUGUCCCCGGACCGGGAUCAAACGGCAGAUAUAUCUGACGUCGGACGACUUUUCGAUCCGGUCGGGCCACGCCGACGGGUCGGUGGGCCUCAAGACGCUGUACGGGGAGAAGCUGGCGCUCCGGCUCAAGGUGCCCGUGGUCAAGCUCGUCGACGGGUCAUCGGGCGGCGGGUCGGUGUCGACCAUCAUGACGCAGGGGUACUCGUACAUGCCGCACGUGACGGUGCUGUCGACGGUGGUCAAGCAGCUGAACAUGGGCAUCCCGAACAUCGGGGCCGUGGUUGGUCCCGCGAUCGGACUGGGCGCGGCGCGCGUCGUGGCCACGCACUUUAGCGUCAUGGCCGGCGACAUUGGCAGCCUGUUCAACGCGGGACCCAAGGUCGUCGAGGGCGCCACGUUCGAGGAAGGCCUCAGCUUCAGCGACCUGGGCGGGCCGGCCGUGCACUGCACCAACGGCACCAUCGACAACCUGGCCCGCAACGAGGCCGAGUGCUUCGCCCAGAUCCGCACCGUGCUCGCCUACCUCCCCGCGUGCGGCCAGUUCCAGGCUCCUCCCACGGUUCCCGCCGACGACCCCGUCGACCGCGAAGACCUGGCCCUCCGCUCCAUCAUCCCCCGCAAAAAGUCGCGCAUGUACAACCCCUACACCAUCAUCCUGUCCGUCGUCGACCGCGGCUCGUGGUUCGAGAUCGGCGCCCUCUGGGGCCGCACCGGCAUCACGGGCCUCGCCCGCCUGGGGGGUCGGCCCGUCGGCAUCCUCAGCCUGAACUGCGAGGUCAAUUCCGGCGCCCUCGACGCCAUGGGCAGCCAGAAGUUGAUGAAGAUGAUCAAGUUCUGCGACGUGUUUAAUCUGCCCAUUGUGCAGUUUGUCGACGUUCCUGGCUACGCCAUCGGCACAGUCGCCGAACGGACCGCCACCAUGAAAUGGGGCGUCGAGCUCGGCAAGGCCUACUACAGCACCACCACCCCGAUCUUCAGCGUGGUGACGCGUCGCGUGUACGGAGUCGCUGGCGGCAUCAUGCUCGACAGCCGCGAACCGUGGAUGCGCAUCGCGUGGCCGUCGGGCAAUUGGGGCUCUUUGCCUCUGGACGGUGGGAUCGAGGUGGGUCAUCGUCACGAACUCAAGACGAUCCGCGAGAAGGAGGGCGAAGAGGGGUGGAAGAGACGGUACAAGGAGCUGGAAGACGAGUAUAUCCGGUUGAUGAACCCGGUGCGGACGGCGACGUGCUUCAACGUCGAAGAGAUUGUGGAUCCCAAGGACACCAGGAAGAUCUGCUGCCGCUGGACCAGGGAGAUGUAUGGUCUUCCAAUGCAGGAGCGGUUGGCGGAUAGAGCCUCUGGCAAGAUUCAUGUGGUGUUUACUUGA